AAAAGAAAAUUUUGAUUCUUUCACUAGCUAGUCUUAUAAGUAGAUUAAACAAAUGUAUACAAAUUACAAUUAUCAAGAUUGAGGUUCUUAAUUUGAUGAGAAAUCAGCAAAAAUGGAUAAACAAUCUACUAAAGAAACAAUGAUUACUAGAGAAGAAAUUGGCAAUCAUCAAGAUGAAUGGAACAUUACAAUUCAAGGGUCAAACUCAGAUUCUCAUGAAAUCAGUGAAAAUGAGAGACAAUGGCUAAAAUCCUUAGAGAAGAGCAGAGGGUACCCCACCAUUGGUUCAUCACAGAAGCCAAAGAUACACAUGGUCCCUAAAAUGCAUCGCGAGAUUGAAUCAAACGUAAGGUGUUAUGAGCCUCUUGUGGUUGCUCUCGGUCCAAUUCACCAUGGAAAAUCCAAGCUUCAACCUAUGGAGAAGUACAAGGAGAUGCUGGCAAUUCAGUUUGCUGAUCAAGAAAGCACCGAACCAAAAUCUGCUGGGGUCUUAUCACGGCUUUUAACGAAUUCAGUGUCCAUUGCUGAGCUUUACAAAAAGGUGAAGAGCAUUGUGCCUAAUGUCAGGGAGUGUUAUGCUCUGGACUUAAUUAAAGAUUACAGCAAUGAGGAGUUUGCACGAAUGAUGUUCCUGGAUGGCUGUUUCAUCCUCCAAUAUAUUCUCUGCCUUGUCACUGGCAAUUAUAAGCAGCUGCAAAUGAAGAGCCAUGAUAUAGUUUUCACUCGUCGUGAUCUUUUCUUACUUGAAAAUCAGUUACCUUUUGAAGUCCUGCAUGUGUUAAUGAGCUGUAGGUUCAAGAAAGAUGAAGGAAUGAGGAUGAUCAAAACAUUCAUCUCGAGUGCACAUGCAAAGCCCCCUCAAAAUCAUGGAUUAAUUCAAAGCAUCAAGGAUUUCUUUCUAGAUUUCUUUGGAAAGAUCUGUGAAGGAGAAGGGCCUUACCUGAUCAAAGAAGAAAAUCCUGCUCAUCUGCUCGAGAUAUUAAGAACGCAACUAAUAGACCCAAAUGUUUUCUCAGAAGGCGGAUGCUAUCUGAGGGGUGAGUGGUGCUCAUAUCGCUCAGCCAUGGAGCUCAAGAAAGCAGGAAUCCGUUUCGAGUGUGGAAAGAGACGUUGUCUUUCAGACAUUAGGUUCAAUUCAUUCCGUUUCUCAGCUCUUUUAACACUUCCACCUAUAACUAUAGAUGAUUCAACCAAGUCGGAGCUAUUAAACUUGGUUGCAUAUGAGGCAUGCCCUGAUACACCAGAUGACUUUGGUAUUACAUCUUAUCUUUGCUUUAUGGAUUCACUAAUUGAUCAUGCUGAAGAUGUGAAGGAGCUGAGAUCAAAAGGUAUACUUCUUAACUUUCUUGGAAGUGACCAAGAAGUAGCAGAUCUCUUCAAUGAAAUAGCAACAGAUUUGGUGCCUAAUCCACAUGCCUUUGUCGGUGUGAAAGACAAAAUUGAGAAUCAUUACAAUAACAAAGGAAAAAUAUGGAUUGCUGAGUGGAAGAACACUCAUUUUAAUAAUCCAUGGACUAUUUUUGCAUUUAUUGCCGCAAUUUUUGUCAUAGGUUUGGAAGUUACUGGUACAGGUCUAUCAGCUAUCCAAACCUACUUUACGGUCCAUCCAAAAGGCAGCUAGUAAUGAUAGUAUUAAAAAACAACCAGCUUGUUUUUUCUUAUUUUCUGCAGUAAAUAAUGAGUGUCAUGUUUUCUGAAUUCAUCAUUUGUUUCACAUUACUGCUAUGACGAUGUGAAAUCUUUGUACUCCUGUUUAUGCAAACAAACUAAUGAUUUGUUUGAUAUUCAUAUUUUAUUUGCGUAAAUUUACAACUCUCCCCACAUGUGGGGUUAUCCCCACCCGUGGGAUUAUACCGGGUAUGUUGUUGUUGUAUUUGCGCAAAUUUACUACUCUGAAGCAUAUGAAUGGUAUUGGAUCA